AUGGAGUUUUACGAGUCUACCUACUUUAUCAUCCUCAUUCCUUCUGUGGUUAUUACAGUCAUCUUCCUCUUCUUCUGGCUUUUCAUGAAAGAAACUUUGUAUGAUGAAGUCCUUGCAAAACAGAAAAGGGACCUAAAGUUUCCACCUACCAAGACUGAUAAAAAGAAAAUGGAGAAGAAGAAGAACAAGAAGAAAGAAGCUCAGAAUGGGAACAUCCACGAGUCUGACUCUGAAAGUACACCUCGGGACUUUAAGCUCUCUGAUGCCCUGAGUACGGAUGAAGAGCACGUCGCUCCCGUUCCCUUGAGCGUGGCUGAAGCAUCUACUGGCGUUAGAGAACGGAAGAAGAAGGAGAAGAAGCAUAAGGCUGUUCAAGAUGAUCAUGUAGCUAAGGAGUCGGAAGGAUCCAAGUCUUCAGGCAAGAAAGUAGAACCAGUCCCUGUUACAAAACAGCCCACUCCACCAUCUGAAUCAGCAGCAUCUAAGAAGAAGCCUGGGCAGAAGAAGCAGAAAAAUGGAAUGGAUGAUCAAGAUAGUAAGGCUGAUUCUGUUGUAUCUCCUGCCAAAAAGCAAGAUCCAGUGCUGCUCCACCAGGAGAUAAAGCAAGAAAAUGUAUCAGGAAAGAAGAAAGUCUCUGCAAAGAAGCAGAAAGUUGAUAAUGUUUUGGUAGAUGAACCUCUUAUUCAAGCAACUACUUAUAUUCCUUUGAUGGAUAAUUCUGACGCUGGCACUUUGGAAAAGCGAGAAGCGGUUGAAGUAGCAAAACAAAACGUGAAUGAGGGGAUCCAGAAGAGCAGUGGCAAGAAACAGAAGAAUGAAACAGAUAAAGAGAAUGCUGAAGUAAAAUUUAAAGACUUUGUAAUGGCCAUGAAGAGUAUGAUCUUCACUGAAGAUGAGGCCCGUUGCAUAGUGGAGGUGUUAAAGGAAAAAUCCAGUGCAAUUCAUGACGUCUUGCAGAAGGCUAGCAAGGCUGAGUCGGCUGCAGCUGUACAUCAGCUACAAGACAAAGAGAAAAUGCUGGCUGCGAUGAAGGAGGAGGCAGCUGUUGCAAAGGAGCAGUGCAAGCAGCUAACCCAGGAGCUGGUUGCAGAAAAGGAGAGAAACGGCUUGCUUACAGCGAAAAUGCGAGAGCGCAUCAACACGCUAGAAAAGGAGCACGGCACUUUUCAGAGUAAAAUACACGUUAGCUAUCAAGAAUCUCAGCAGAUGAAGAUAAAGUUCCAGCAACUCCGUGAGCAGAUGGAGGCAGAAAUAAGCCACCUGAAGCAGGAAAACGGUAUCCUGAGAGAUGCUGUCAGUACUUCUACCAAUCAAAUGGAGAGCAAGCAGUCGGCUGAACUGAACAAACUGCGCCAGGAUUAUGCUAGGCUGAUGAACGAGCUGGGAGAGAAGAGCAAUAAGCUGCAGCAAGAGGAGCUCCAGAAGAAGAACGCAGAGCAGGCAGUUGCUCAGCUAAAGGUCCAGCAGCAGGAAGCAGAGAGAAGAUGGGAAGAAAUCCAGGCUUAUCUCAGGAAAAGAACAGCAGAACACGAGGCAGCACAACAAGAUGUGCAGAAUAAGCUUGUGGCCAAAGACAAUGAAAUCCAGAGCUUGCACAGUAAACUUACUGAUACAAUGGUGUCAAAACAGCAGCUGGAGCAGAGGAUGUUGCAGUUAAUAGAGGCUGAGCAAAAGAGAGCUACUGCGGAGGACUCCAUGCAAAUGCAGGUGCAGGAGCUGAUAGAGCAGAAUGAUGCUUUGAAUGCUCAGCUUCAGAAGUUUCAUUCACAAAUCGCAGCCCAGACCUCAGCUUCAGUCCUGGCAGAAGAACUUCAGAAAGUGAUUGCGGAAAAGGACAAACAGAUAAAGCAGAUGGAGGACUCAUUAGGCAAUGAACAUGCCAACUUAACCAGCAAGGAGGAAGAGCUCAAGGUCUUACAGAAUAUGAACCUAUCCCUGAAAUCAGAAGUACAAAAGUUACAGGCUCUGACAAAUGAACAGGCUGCUGCUGCACAUGAGCUGGAAAGGAUGCAGAAAAGCAUUCACAUCAAAGAUGACAAAAUAAGAACUCUUGAAGAUCAGCUUCGAGAAGAACUUGCUCAGAUUUCAAACACAAAAGAAGAAUGCAAGGUUCUCAAGGAUCAAAACACAGCUCUGCAAGCUGAAGUUCAGAAGCUGCAGACUCUCCUGUCUGAGCAGGCAAACAAAGACUUGUUAGAGCAGAUGGAAAGAAGCAUGAGAGAACGGGAUGAUAAACUCAAGACAGUUGAAGAGCUGCUCGAGGCAGGACUCAUACAGGUGGCUAAUAAAGAGGAGGAGCUGAAGGCACUGCGAACAGAAAAUUCAUCCUUGAGAAAAGAACUUCAAAGUCUGCAAAUUCAGCAAUCAGAGCAGGUUUCCUUCCAAUCACUGGUGGAAGAACUCCAGAAAGUGAUCCAUGAGAAGGAUGGAAAAAUAAAAUCGGUCGAAGAACUCCUACAAGCUGAGAUCCUGAAGGUAGCAAGCAAGGAGAAGACUGUUCAGGCUUUGACACAGGAAAUAGAGGCUCUGAAAGAAGAAGUAGGAAAUUCCCAGCUUGAGAUGGAAAAACAGGUGUCGAUUACAUCACAAGUCAAAGAACUUCAGACUCUGUUGAAGGGGAAGGAAAAGCAGGUGAAAACCAUGGAGGCCUUAUUGGAAGAGAAGGAGAAGGAGAUUGUUAAGAAAGGAGAAUGGCUGCAGGUACCUGCUGCAUCGCAAGUCCAGGACUUGGAGAGCCUGUUGAAAAAGGAAGAAGAACAAAUGAAGAAGUUGAAAGCUGUAGUGGAAGAAAAAGAGAGAGAAAUUGCAAGCCAAGUAAAACAGUUGCAGGAUGUGCGAAAGGAAAAUGAAUCUUUUAAAGUUCAAAUUCAAGAAUUAAAGCAGGAGAAUUGCAAACAGGCAUCUCUGGCUGUCCAAAGUGAGGAGCUUCUGCAAGUGUGAGAUGAAAGGGGCCAUGCUCUGAGUGAGUUAUGGUCCUUCGGAAACAGUUUGAAUAUUGGCUGAACUGAAAUCAUUCUUUCUAAAAAUGAUUAGGACCUUCGGGAGAAAAACUGGAAAGCAAUGGAAGCAUUGGCAUCAACUGAAAAAUUGCUGCAGGACAAAGUGAACAAGACUGCCAAGGAGAAGCAGCAGCACUUGGAAGCUGCCGAAGUGGAGACACGUGAGCUACUCCAGAAGCUGUUCCCUAAAGUCUCUCUUCCUUCUAACGUGAGUCAUAGUGAAUGGAUAUGCGGGUUUGAAAAGAUGGCUAAAGAAUACUUGAGAGAGGCUUCAGGAUCUGAAGACGUCAAGGCUAUGGAGCAGAAGUUGAAGGAGGCCGAGGAAAUGCACAUACUGCUGCAACUCGAGUGUGAGAAAUACAAAUCGGUCCUGGCGGAGACGGAGGGGAUUUUACAAAGGCUACAGAGGAGCGUGGAAGAGGAAGAAAGCAAAUGGAAGAUAAAAGUUGAAGAAUCACAGAAGGAACUUAAACAGAUGCGUUCUUCAGUCGUUUCUUUGGAGCACGAGGUAGAGAGGUUAAAGGAAGAACUCAAAGAAGUUGAAACUCUUAAAAAAGAGAGAGAGCAUUUGGAAAGUGAACUAGAAAAGGCAGAACUAGAACGAUCUACUUAUGUUUCAGAAGUCAGAGAGCUCAAAGAUCUGUUGACUGAAUUGCAGAAAAAACUUGAUGAUUCAUAUUCUGAAGCAGUAAGACAGAAUGAAGAGUUAAAUUUGCUGAAAACGCAGCUAAACGAAACACUAUCAAAACUCAAAGUUGAUCAAAACGAGAGACAGAAGGUAGCUGGUGACUUGCCCAAGGCCCAGGAGUCUCUGGCAUCUCUUGAGAGAGAAAUUGGAAAAGUCGUUGGGGAUGCCAAUGUUAUUGAAAACAGCGAUGUUUGCACAGAGUCGGAAUUGACUGAAAAAAGACUAAAUGUGGCAGUGAAUCUUAACCAGGAUGUAGGUCAUCUCAAGAAGCUGCUCGUGUCAGUAAGCCAAAUGCUUUCAAAGGGACGAGAACACUACCAGCUAGUAGAAUGAAGUCACGGGGGAAUCGUUAAUUUGAGGAUAGCAGAAGGCAUUGUAUUAUAUUUUGCCAAAUUAAAGCCUUAUUUAUGUUUUCACCCUUUCUACUUCGUCAGAAACACUGAACAGAGUUUUGUCUUUUCUAAUCCUUGUUAGACUACUGAUUUAAAGAAAAAACCCAACUCUGUAGACACCUCCAGAGUUUAGUUUUAUAAUAAAAACAAACCUGUUUGGAUAAUUAGACCUUUACAUUCCUGGAGAGACAGUAAACACAUAAUCUUUUAUCUUAUUUUGCUCAAUAAAACUUGUUCAGAAACCUCCAACAUGGUAAAGUCACCAAUGGGAUAUAACAUUUUAAUACUGAUGUUGUACACUGAUGUUUUACUUAAUUACAGUUUUGGGAUUAGCUGCCUCUGACUUCAACCUCAAGUAAACCCUCUUUCUUUUUUUUUUUUUUGGUUGCUAAUGUAAUCAGUUUUUGUAAUGGUGUCAGCAAAUAAAGGGAUGCUAUUA